AUGAGCACCUGGAGUAAGACGGUCCCCAGCGGCAAGCAGAUCCUGAAGGACAUCGGGCUCGGCAUGUACAAGGGCGCCAAGAUUGGCAUUCUGGGCAUGAACGGCAGCGGGAAGUCGUCCCUGCUGCGAAUCCUGGCGGGUCAGGACAAGGAGUUUGAUGGCUUCUUGCAGCUGGCAGAUGGCAUCAGGGUGGGCUAUCUGGAACAGGAGCCUGCUCUGGAUGAUGGCCCCACUGUGGACGAGAAUGUCCGCCCGGCUGUGGCGCACAUGCAGAACCUCCUCACAGAGUUUGAGGAGGUGAGCCAGAAGAUGGCGGAGCCAGAUGCAGAAGUGGAUGCACUGAUGGCGCGCAUGGACAGGCUGCAGUCAGAGAUCGAUGCUGGCGAAGGGUGGGAGUUGGAACGCCAGCUGGAACGCGCCACUGAUGCCCUCAGAUGUCCACCAGGGGAUGCCAUGGUGACCAAUCUGUCCGGAGGUGAGCAGAGGCGAGUGGCAAUUGCGCGAGUGCUCCUCUCGCAGCCCGACAUCCUACUCAUGGAUGAGCCCACCAACAACCUGGACGCGCAGUCUGUUGCCUGGCUGGAACGCACCCUGGCGGCCUUCAAGGGCACCGUGGUCGCUGUCACUCACGACCGCUUCUUCCUGGACAAUGUAGCAGGGUGGAUCCUCGAGCUGGACAGAGGCAAGGGGAUCCCCUUUGAGGGCAACUACUCGCAGUGGCUGGAGGCCAAGGCCAAGCGGCUGGGGUCUGAGACCAGGAAGCAGGCUGCGCUGCAGAAGCAGAUUGAAGGAGAGCUGGAGUGGGUGCGCUCGCAGGCCAAGGGCCAGCAGAAGAAGGGCAAGAGCCGCAUGCGCCGCUAUGAUGACCUCGUACAGCAGGCUGCGGAGUAUACGCGGCAGUCCACGAUGGAGUCAAUCACAAUUCCAGUGGGCCCCAGGCUGGGUGACAUUGUCAUCGAAGCCAAGAACCUGCGCAAGUCCUACGGCGAUCGAGUGCUCAUGGACAAUCUGAGCUUCUCUGUCCCUCCUGGCAGUGUCGUAGGUAUUGUGGGAGGGAAUGGAUCUGGAAAGUCCACGCUGUUCAGGAUGAUCAUGGGACUGGAGCAGCCAGAUGAGGGGGAGCUCGUCAUCGGCCAGACAGCGGCCCUCAUGUACGCCGAGCAGUCCAGAGAAAACCUGGAUAAUGACCGCACGGUGUAUGAGGAGAUUGGGGAGGGUCUGGACGAGCUGGACGUGAACGGGCGCAAGGUGAACAUGCGAGCAUACUGCUCCUGGUUCAAUUUUGCAGGGGGUGACCAGCAGAAGAAGGUGGCCAACCUGUCUGGCGGGGAGCGCAACCGCCUGCAGCUGGCAAAGGUCCUGAAGAAGACCGGCAAUGUCUUGUUACUGGAUGAACCGGAGAAUGAUCUGGAUGUCGAGACACUGAGAGCCUUGGAGGACGCACUGGGCUCCUUUGCAGGCACAUCCCUCAUCAUCUCCCACGAUAGAUGGUUCCUGGACCGCUUGGCAACACACAUCCUCGCCUUUGAGGAUGACGGCUCCCAGGUGUGGUUUGAAGGCGGCUACUCAGAGUAUGACGCUGAUCUGCGCAAGAGGACUGGUGGUGACCCCACGCGAAUCAAGUACCGCAAGAUGGCAAUGCUGGCAUGA